AUGUAACAAAGUGUACAAAAUCCAAUGAAGAGUGGCUAAAGCUCACAAAAUUCGGAUAGCUUCUUGCAGGAGUGUAUUAAGGAGAACUAUUUUUCACAGAGUGGUCAUAAACACAAUGAAAAAAAUUCACAACACAUCAAUGCAAAUGUCAGUGUCUCUAAUUUCAUCCAUAAUCAGAGUGAACAGCUCACUCAACAAAGUCUUCUAAAAACUCAAGAUCUUUCAACUCAAGUUCAAGCAAGCUCAAAAUCGAGUGAGAAUGAGACUAUGAAUAAUAUGAUAAUUGGGCAGGAGUGUGGUACCGUCGGAAAUAAUGUAGAAGAUGGUUCUGUCAAGUAUGAUUCUGAUGAAAAUUCAAACAGAAACAAACAACAAAACACUGACGAGGACACCAAAGCUACCUCAGAAGAAGACUCUCCACCUCCUUAUAAACAAACUCUCAACAAGACCACAGAUGAGGCGAAGCUCGAAGAAGAGACUAAAAGCUCAACCUAGGAGUAUGACAACCUAAUACAACAAAGUUUAUCAAAAACCGGCAAAAUUUCCAAGGACGACUUCAACUUAAUCCAAGUGAUCGGAACAGGAUCAUAUGGCAAGGUCUUAUUAGUGAAAAAGAAGUAAAACGGUAAACUCUACGCUAUGAAGGUGCUUAAAAAGAAGCAGCUGAGAAAGCAAAGACAGGUAAAAAACACCUGGACUGAAAGAAUGAUCCUAGAAAAGAUCAACCAUCCUUUCAUUGUUAAGAUGAACUUCGCCUUCUAAAAUGAAAAGAAGCUCUUUCUUGUGCUUGACUACUGCCCAGGCGGGGAGUUAUUCUUCUACAUCAGCUAAAUUGGAAGAUUCAAGGAGCAGUCUGCCAAGUUUUAUGCUGCUAAUAUCUUGCUUGCUCUGGAGUGUCUCCACUAGAAUGACAUCAUCUACAGAGAUCUAAAACCAGAAAAUAUAUUGAUUGACAGAGACGGAUUCGCUAAGCUGACUGACUUUGGCCUCUCUAAGGAUAACUUCUACUCUGAUAGCCAGACGAACAGCUUCUGCGGUACAGCUGAGUAUCUUGCUCCGGAAGUUCUUAACAAAAAGGGGUAUAACUUCGCUUGCGAUUGGUGGAGCUUUGGCUGCGUAGUCUAUGAGAUGCUCUCAGCUAUCCCACCUUUCUAUUCCAAGAAAAGAUCAGAGAUCUAUGAUAAGAUCAGAUUCAAGAACCCUAAUUUUUACCACUACCACUCUAAAGAUGCUAUGGAUUUGAUUAGCAGACUUCUGGAAAAAGAUCCUUCCAAAAGACUUGGUUCAAUUGGUGGUGCUUAGGAGAUAAAAGAACAUGAGUUCUUCAGUGGAAUUGACUGGGAUAAAAUGAUGAUGAAGCAAGUUCAGACUCCCUAUAAGCCCUUACUAGAUAGAAAUGACGAUACUAAGCAUUUCGAUCAGGAGAUUUGCAAUAUUCCGAUUGACUCUCCUCCCUGUGACUCCUUUGGAAAUCAAUAUAAUGAUAAUCAUACUGAAGAUAUGAAUGAUUUCGACGGAUUCAGCUUUGUCGCAUAGACUCUAAUGUCUGCUAAUGAUAAUAAUAUAGACUCUCAACUCCAAUGA